GAGCUAACAAGCGUUUAGUUGAAGCCUCGUGCAUAGGACACACAGCAGUGACCUGCGGAUGCCCAUAGCAGCGCUCAUUUGGAAGUCCACGGAUGUAAAGAGACCAUAAACUCCGCACGAAAUGAGGCGAUUGAUCUCCACGGAGCAAGUAGAGUAGGUGUCAACCGAAAUGCACCUGGAAGUACUCACAGAACAAACCCUGUACGGCCACCUGCUCUGGCAUCGAGAGCCGACCUAAUCCAUUUGCACUUCCUGCAGCUCGCCAAUCACCAAGCAUAUAUAUAUGUGGAGAAGAUGGGGCUCUAUUCUUCAAAGCAGCUGAGCAAUCAGGUUUCACAGAGUGAGAGCUUUAGAGCGCUCGCAAUGAAAGAAUCCAGUGAGCAUGGUGAGACAUCCAAGGCGCCCCUAAGCAGGGGGGUCAGCAAAGGACUGUCUGUGCUUGAUCUCAUACUUCGCUUCAUUGCCAUCAUCGGCACCCUUGCCAGUGCCAUUGCAAUGGGCACCACCAACGAGACGCUGCCUUUCUUCACACAGUUCAUCCGGUUCAAGGCGCAGUACAGUGAUCUUCCAACUCUCACGUUCUUCGUUGUUGCGAAUUCAAUUGUCUGCGCCUACCUCAUCCUCUCACUUCCAUUAUCAAUUGUGCACAUCAUUAGGAGCAGGGCCAAAUUCAGCAGGCUGCUCUUGAUCUUUCUUGAUGCGGCAAUGCUAGCACUGGUGACCGCGGGAGCAUCUGCAGCAGCGGCUAUUGUGUACUUAGCACACAAGGGCAAUGUCAGGGCAAACUGGCUUGCUAUUUGCCAGCAGUUUGACUCAUUCUGCGAGCGUAUCUCUGGAUCACUCAUUGGUUCGUUUGGAGCCAUGGUUGUGCUGAUACUGCUGAUAUUACUCUCCGCCAUUGCCCUUGCAAGGCGCUAGAUCGAAUUGUGCAUCAUUUGCUUCCAGCAGUGUGAAGUGUAUGAUAUAAUAGUGUGGUCAUUGUGCCUCUAUCUUUAUGUAAUCGUCUAUAUGCAUAUAAGCCUAUUACAUCUUGCUAUGAUUCUCUGCUACCUCAAGUGUUACCAUGAAUCUGUACCUAUUCCUUUAUCUCGAAAGUUGAUGCUUUGUACCUUCAUUUAUACAAGCUACAGAAAAUGAACAUGUAUGAACUAUUAUGGA